AGGAAAAAUAGCGCAUGACUUUGCAGCACCAAAUGCCAUAAUGCAAGGAUCAAGAAUCUAAUCGAUAUCAGAUGCAGCCCUGCCGCAUUCAUGCAGAGCUUGUCUCGGGAUGCAUAGGCUUGAGCUUUUAAAAGCCUGUGCAUCCUCGCAUCCGUUCUCCUCUAAUGUCUUUGCGUCAUAUGGCAGAUUCUGAGCAAUCUGUGCGUCAUCCGCUGUGUUUCCCCCCAGCAGCAUCAGUUUUCCAUCACAUCUCUGGGAAGCGCCGCCUCUCCUCGCUGUGCCCUCAAAUUUGACUCCUCGCUCGAUCAUGCCCUCAACGCGUUGCAUGCAUGCAUGCGGCGGGACGCGCGUGGUGCGGCGGGUGUCUGGCGCGUGAUGCGCAGCGGUGAGACAGACAGCAGCACUCAACAUGACCGAGCUGGUGAUGCGGACCCUUCCGUCUCCUUCAGCUGCGCAGGAUCCCGGCCCGGACGCUUAUAAAGGAUGGCUCUUUAAAUGGACCAACUACCUGAAGGGUUACCAGCGCCGGUGGUUUGUCCUGAGCAACGGCCUCCUGUCUUACUACAGGACUCAAGCAGAAAUGGCACACACCUGCCGAGGCACGAUUACCUUGGCGACGGUGCACAUAGAGGUGGGUGACACCUGUCACUUUGUGCUGACGAGUGGAGGGCGGAGCUACCACCUGAAGGCGUAUUCAGAGGGCGAGUGUCAGCGCUGGGUUUCUGCUCUGCAGCAGGCCAAAGCAAACGCCACUCAAAUGAUGACACAUUCAGAUGACUCUGGUGACGAGGGUCCACUACGCCAGCCGGAUCGUGCUCUGAUCCAGGGGGUGCUCAAGACUCUGGCCAGCAAGCUCGAAGACCUUAGCACCUGCAACGAGCUCAUCGGGAAACACGGUGCCGCCCUCCAGCGCUCCCUCAGUGAACUGGAGGACCUGCGCGCCCCCAGCGACGGCGUCGAUAAGACCGUCAACGAGCGAGCCACUCUCUUCCGCAUCACUUCCAAUGCUAUGAUCAAUGCCUGCCAGGACUUUGUGGAUCUAGCGGAGGCACACAGCCGGCGGUGGCAGCGCGCACUGCAGUAUGAGCGGGAACAGCGCCACCACCUGGAGGAGACUAUCGAGCAGCUAGCCAAACAACACAACAGUCUGGAGAGAGCCUGGAGAGAAUCACCCAGCACACACAAUAAAGGGGCAGAGGGAAUACCGGAGGGAGAAUCCAGUGAAGAGAAUGAAGACAUAGAGUUCUUUGAUGCCAUGGAAGAUUCUCCCACCUUCAUCACAGUGCCUGCAGACGAUCACUCACAACACAGUAAUCAGAACGUGACCAGUGGAAGUUUAUCCAGUAAUUGGAGCCAGGAUGACAAUGACAGUUCUGGUAGCUACUUGCGCAGGGGUAGACGCUGUCGUAUCCCAGAUAAGCCCAACUACUCCCUGAACCUGUGGAGCAUCAUGAAGAAUUGCAUUGGAAAGGAACUCUCUAAGAUCCCCAUGCCUGUGAACUUCAACGAGCCGUUAUCGAUGCUGCAGCGCUUGACAGAGGAUCUUGAAUACAGCGAACUCCUGGACCGGGCGACACGCUGUGACUCCUCUCUGGAGCAGAUGUGUCUGGUGGCCGCCUUCUCUGUGUCAUCCUAUUCAACCACCGUCCACCGCACAGGGAAACCCUUCAACCCCCUGUUGGGAGAGACCUAUGAGCUGGACCGCGUGGAGGAGUAUGGAUACCGCUCUAUCAGUGAACAGGUCCGAAACCACAUACUGGUAGUGUGUCUGUAAUUAACAAAAAAAUAAAUAUAUAAAUAUAUAUAUAUAUAUAAAAAAUCUAUCUCUGUCUGUCUGUCUGUUGUCUAUCUCUCUUUCUAUCUAUCUAUCUAUCUAUCUAUCUGUCCUGCAGGCAACAUUCACCUGAAGUUCCACGCCAGUGGGAAUCAUUAUGUGUGGAGCAAGGUGACCUCCACUGUGCACAAUAUAAUUGUGGGCAAACUAUGGCUAGAUCAAUCUGGGGACAUUAUAAUCAUGAACCACAGGAACAAGGACAAAUGCCACCUCAAAUUCUCCCCAUACAGCUAUUUUUCCAGGGAUGUUCCCCGCAAGGUAACAGGCGUUGUGAUGGACGGCGAAGGCUGUGGCCACUACAUUCUCUCUGGAACGUGGGAUGAUAAAAUGGAAAGUGCAAAGAUCAUAGAGAGCAGCCACGGCUCUGGAGGAUCUGAGGGCAAACAGAAAACUGUCUAUCAGACUCUACCACCAAAACUACUGUGGAAGAAAUACCCUCUGCCUGAGAAUGCAGAAAACAUGCAUUACUUUUCUUCUUUGGCUUUGACUCUGAAUGAGCUGGAGGAUGGCGUUGCCCCUACUGACAGCCGCCUACGGCCCGACCAACGGCUGAUGGAGGCGGGCUUGUGGGACGAAGCGAACGCUGAGAAACAGUGUCUGGAGGAGCGUCAGAGACUGGAGAGGAGGAAGAGAGAGGCGCAGGCCAAUCUUGCUCUAGAAGAGGGUAAGGAGGCCGAGAGCCACCAGCCCUUGUGGUUUGAGAAAAGGACUGAUACAGAGACAGGUGAGAGCAGCUACGUGUAUAAAGGAGGCUACUGGGAAGCCAAAGACAGACAGGACUGGAGUCAGUGCCCUGCCAUCUUUUGAAGGCUCUCUUCCAUACCAGGACCAGCUUGCCAUUCCAAAUCAUCCUGUAUUAGGAAAGCAGCUUACCAAUGUUUCCCAGAUGUGGAAUAUGCAGAUUCCAAGGCACCCAUAUGUGUAUAUAUAUGUAUCUUAAUUUGAUGUGCAUUCAUGGGGGCAUUGAGACACCUGUAUUGUAGCAGGGAAAAUUCACAUUGCAUGGAAAACCGCUCUAAGCACAAUAGAUGUAAAAAAAAUAGACUUUAUAAAUGUGACAGUGACAGACAGUGAUCUGGGGAAUGUAACACUUCACCAGGGAAAAGAUUCUUCCGCAAAGCUGAUUUAUACCCUGGUUUUUAACUGUUUCAGGUCAACUGUAUGAUAUCCAUGAAUUAUCCACUAUUGUGUGAUUCAGAGCACAUGCUACUUUUGAAGUAUGAAGACCGAAUGUCCUCAAGACUGUGUUCCUGCAUUGAGCUGUAGUG